AUGCCAUGGAUACGGCUCAGGCGCGAGGGCAGGUGCGCCAGUGGUCAGUCCUCCCCAGGUCAUGUGCUUGACAGCGUGGCUGGUGUGCGCAGUCUUCAAGGCUAUGCGCGGUCACAUGCAGGAGGCCGUUCAGUGAGGACAAGCAGAGGCACCUCCCGCCUCUGCCGAAGCAGCCGCAGUGCCGGUGGCUCCAGUCGCACCUCCAGCGGCCAGCAGCUCAACACACUCACCCGGGAGAUGUGCUGGAGAAGAACGUACACUUGGAGGUGCUUUUGUGAUUGCGGCUCAGGUGCUCUCAGCCAGUGGUCGAUCCUCCCAGGUGAGAAAGAGAUCCUUGGAGUUCGUCCCGGAGUCGGUUCUUUCAUGAUGUUGUACCUCGCCCCGGCCUCGCUGAAGGUGCCUCAAGGACUUCCUCGGCCUCUGCAUGAAGGAAGGCCCCCCCUCCUUCGCUCCCUUCCCAGGAAGGCAGCCCAGUUCAAAGUGGGCCUCUCCUAUAUCCUUCUGUGCGUCGGCCGUGUUAUGGUCAAUGACAAUGCUCAGCGGCAAUACCUGCCAGUGGCAACAUGA